UCAGGAAAUUUACAUUCUGCGAUUAUAGCAAAAAAGGAACCGUACAGCCUUUCAGCUAGAGCCAUCUCGCGGUGCGCUAGUGAACAUCCGUGGCAACCAAGAUGGAGGCGCUCGCUGUGGAGGUGCGGAGGGAGGAUGGAGGCUAUUACAAGGCAUCUGUCAUCGAUGCUUGCAGAUCAGACUCGGUUCGUGUCAAGUUUGACGAUGGCCAGCUGGGCGAGGUGGACGCCCCGCUGGCGCAGGUGCGUCUGCCGGCCUGCGAGCAGCAGUGUCCGCCACCAGCCGAGGGCGACCAGGUGGAGGUGUACUCGCGACUCAAGGAGGACCUGCCGCUCGGCUGGCACACCGCCGUCAUCAAGAUCGUGAAGGGCGACCGGUGUGUGGUCGAGUUCACCGGCUGCUCGCCCGAGAGCCGGCGCACGGACAUAAUCGGCCAGGACGAGAUCCGGCCGGCCAGCACGGCGCCGCCCAUCACCGCCAACACAUUCUUUUCCUGCUACAUCCCCGUGCCCGAGGACCUCCAGGAAUAUGCACACCUUCAAAACGCGCAUAAGGAGUUCCAGAAGGCGUGUGGCGCGGCGGUCUGUAAAUAUAUCCCCGACAAAGGCAGUAUUUUCCUUAUGGCGCGAACGGCAGCCGUCAAAACGCGCGCCGACCUCCUGUCGGAGAUGCACUUCCGCGGUCUGAAGCAGAAGGCGCUGCUGCUGUCCCGAACACAGGAGGCGUCCCGGCACCUGGAGACCAGCAAGGCACAGACACGAUCCGGUUACUCGGAGGAGUUCUCAGUUGUGGAGGACCUGAUGGGCCUGGCGAUUGGCGCGCACGGCGCCAACAUUCAGCAGGCGCGACGGAUCGAGGGCAUCACAAACAUUGAGCUCGAGGAGAAAUCGUGCACUUUCAAAAUAGUCGGAGAGUCGGAGAGUGCCGUGAAGAAGGCGCGGAGUCUGCUCGAGUACAGCGAGGUGUCCAUCCAGGUACCGCGGCAGCUGGUUGGGAAGGUGAUCGGCAAAAACGGGCGCAUGAUCCAGGAGAUCGUCGACAAAAGUGGAGUGGUGCGAGUGAAGAUCGAGGGAGAGAAUGAGCCGAACCCGAGCACACCGCGCGAGGAGGGCCAGGUACCGUUCGUAUUUGUCGGCACCAUGGACUCGAUCGACCUGGCUCGGGUGCUGCUCGAGUACCACCUGGCGCACCUGCACGAGGUCGAGCUGCUGCGCCAGGAGAAGCUCGACAUCGAGCAGCAGCUGCGGCUGGUGAGCGGGCCGGCCGGCGGCGCGCCCUACCCGCCGCGCUCGCGCUCCGAGCGCAGCUACAGCGUCGACACGGAGGGCAGCGGCGGCGGCCGGGGCCGCGGUGGCCAGCCCUACCGCGGCGGGCAGCCUUACCGCGGCCGCGGCGGCCGGGGUCGCGGCCACCGCGGCGGCGCCGACCACCGAGAUCGGAACGCAAAGAGCGACAGGUACAACGGUCACUCCAAUGGCGGCAGCGGGGAGCCGGGCGACUGGGACGACUCUCAGCCGGCGUCCGGAGGCGGCGACUGGGAGGAGGCGCCGCGCGGCUCCGGCUGGGACGGCGUCGACGAGGCGGCUGGCAGCGGCGGCGAGCCCGACGAGGGCGCCGGCCGAGGCCGCGGCGGCGGCGGCCGGCCGCAGCGGCGCCGUGGCCGCAAGUAGACGACCAGCGAGAGAAGAGCCCCGCCCGCCGCGCCUCCCGGCCGCGCCUCCGUCCGCCGCGCACUGUGCCGGGCCGACCAGCAGGCCUGUGUGACACCCCCCGGAUCGGACACCGACCGCGACAACAGCCGACCGCCGCCGCCAGGCUGUACCUUCAAUGUUGUGUGAGUGCUAGCCCGGAGACGCUUGCAGAAGUUAUGUUUUCUCACAGAUAAUUCCCUUUCUUGGCCCGAUCGGUUGGGUAGCUACUAACCCGGGGAGCGCUGCGGGCCGGCGCCUCCCGGCCCGGGGGACGCCGGCCCCACCGGCGCACCGCCAGGCGGCUGGCAGUGACGUGCCCAGCUCUGCGAGCAGCCCGCAGCUCGACUGUACAUAAUCCAAAUAUCCAAUGCAUCGCUCCUACUUUCUAUCGUAUCGUCGCCGAAUCGAGGCGUGCCGCCGCGCCGCCGCGGACUGACCUUCCCGGGCGCCGGUCGGCCAUCGUGACCGGCGCCUUGACGCCACCGCCUCCGCCGGCGCCGCCGCAGGAGAGCCGAACCGCGGCCUCCGGGGCGCCGCGGGCAGAGCGAACACCGAGGGAGAGGAGUGAGGAAAGGAGAGAUCACGAGUGCCAGCGACUCAAACGGUCGCCGCCAGCACCCGCCGACACGUCGAGCUUACGCCGGGGAAAACAGCACAGAAAAUGCUCAACUGGGGAACCUCGCCUGCUUUGGAAGUGUUCGUACAUGACAGGGUUUAGUCACGGGGCUUGUUGAUGCCCUUUUGUUAGGUUUGGGGCUGUUUCGGUGUUGUUUUUGCCGAGCGUGAGCUCGUGUGCCGGCGGGUCACGCGGCGAGAGUUGUGAUUCUCUCUAUGUCUGAAAUUACACACAUGCUGACCCGACACGCGUCGAUUAGUUAUCAGUUCGACUUCCGUGUGAUUCGAUUUUCUAAUAAAGAUCGUUGCAAUACA